UAUCUACUUAAUUAUUCAUUAAUUACUAUGAUACUAUUGAAUUGUGCUUAAGAAAUACGAGUGAAUUAAGUAAUUCGUCAAAAACUGUAUUUGGGAAUUCUUUUGAUUUUUCGCAAUAACAGAUGAAAUUUUUUGAGGGUUUUCAAUAGCAUAUGGUUCAAAUAUUUUAAGAUAUAUAUGUAUGAGAGGGUGGAUUUUACAAGUACGAACGAUUUCACGGUCAUCAAUUCUAAGAAAUGGUAGCCAUAGUGCCAUUCUGGAAAAAUUCCGGAGUAAUAUGGCACGAGUUAGUUCUCAAGCAAUGAUUUUAACUUCUGCAUCGAAUACUAUUAAAUCCAAUGAUUUACAUGGUAUGACACUUUCUUCAGUUAGUUCACUAGCUGUAUAUCCCAAACCUUUAUUAGAAUUUAAUUUACAUCUUCCAUCAUAUACUUCAGCUGCCAUGCAUAAUUUACAAUAUCUUGCAAUACAUUUAUUAUCACCAACCGCAAAAUCAGCUCAUCUUUGUCGAGUAUUUGCUAGUGGAGUUAAGACAGAUAAGAAAGGUAUAUUGAAUAAUGGUAAGGAAGAAGAUGAAGAUGGUGAAAUAUUUCAUGAAAUGACAACUCCAUUUUCGAGGCUUAAUAAAGAUAAUGAUUAUACUAUGUAUAAAAUCAAUGAUUCUAUAAGUAUUCCUAUAUUAAAAAAUUCUGAAUCUGUUUUUAUAUGUAAAGCUAAAACUAAUUUUUCAGUAUCCAAUCAUGAAAUUUGGGUAGUUGAUGUAUUAGAAAUAUUAGAGAAUGAUGAAAAAAUACUUGAAAAGGGUGGAAUACUUUACUUUAAUAGAAAGUUUCAUCAGAUCGGUAAUACUAUACAAGAAAAUUAAUGCGUUAAUGAUAUACCUUAUCCAUAAUUAUAUACAUGUACAUAGGAACUAUAAAAAUUAUUAAUAAUAAUUAUUAUCCACUAUCCACUAUCCAUUCAAUACUUGAUUACAUUCUUCUCGUAAAGCUUGAGUUUCUGAUAAAACUCGAGGGAGAAUAGUAUCAAACUUAUCAUUAGUUUUCUUAAUCCUUUUCCCUAAUUUAUUUAAGAUUUCAUUUCUUCUAAUAUUCUUUAAAUCAUUAUUUAAAGUCUUAAUCUCUUCAACUCUUAGUUGUUGUUUAUUAAUUAAUUUUUGUUUCUUACCAUUCAUAUUUUGUAAUUCUGUACUUGAUGCCUUUAAUUUUGUCUUUUCAAUUUUUAUUCUUUCACAAUAUUCAUCAUAAAUCUUUUCUAAUUCCUUAAUUUGUUUUAAAUAAU